CAGCUGGUGGUGUCAGUGUGAAGUUGGAGCAGCCGCCAACAUGAUGGGCCUAUUCUCCAUCACCCACCUGCUUUCUGCGAGCCUUCCCAAUAUCUCCAUCUUCACCACCACCACCAGCUAUGUACGAGGUCUGGGGAUGGAAACAUCGUCAGGUGCUUCAUCCUCGUCAGGGAUGUGCUCGUUACCUUGCACACCUGUAGAAGAGGAGCGGCCAGGCUCCUCCCUCAGCACAGCCUCCCGCUCCUCCAGGAUCCCUCGGCUCACCCGCUCUGCCUCCCUCAGGAUAAAGUCCUCCACAGUGUCGUAUAGCAGCAGCGUAACAAACAACACGCCGGAGACGAAGACGACGACGGAGGGCAAGAGCAACGCAGACCCGCGUCCUACCUCUCGUGCAGAAGUUAAAGGCAUCACCAGAUCAGCCAGCUUCGUCACAUCGCGGGGGAUGUAUGGGCGCGCCUCUCCCCCCUCCACGACACACACGCCCACCUCAAGCCACCACCGACACUCGUCCUCCACUCCCAGGGUGUACGGACCCUCCCUCACGCCGGAGACCCCACGAAGGGUACACCACGCCAGCGCCUACACCAGGAGGACCACAUCUCUCACUGAGAGGAAGACUCACACCAAUGUAGAAAGUGAGAGCAAGAACUCCAUUAACACAACAGCUAUAUGCAAUGGUCCAAGCCAGAGAGGAGAGACGCAGGGACGUCUUGCCACAGAACCUCGUGCUACUCCUUCAACACCCACACCCAAGACUUCAUCCACACCCUCAGAAGGAAGUGAGCCUGAACUCAGUCGCUUAAUGGAUAAUUUAACUACUGUUACAUCAGAAUCUGGAGCAGUGAGAGUCCCAGUGGUGUCUCCUGCAGGAGGCUCUGUAGCAGAAACCACGGCAGAUUCUGUUGAACUCACUCGGUCUCUGGCAGACUCAGGCCAUUAUGAAGAUCUCACGUCACCGUGCCUCUCUUCAAGGGAUCCAUUUGAAGCAAGCAGAGGAUCAUUGAGAGGACCGCGCAUUGAUGAGGAUGAAGAUGAAGUGGAUCCAUGGACUGUGGUAGAGGAGACUGAAGCAAGGCUUAGAGAAGAGUAUGAAAGACGGGAAGAUCAACUGAAGCGGAACCACAUGGAUGAAUAUCAUGAACUGAAAGAAAAGCACAAUGAUCGUGUGGAAUCUCUCCUUUCAAAACUCAGUGAUGCUAAUCUCAAGUAUUUUGAACUGCGACCGAUGUAUGAUCGAAGUCAAGAAAGAGUUCGUGAGUUGGAAAGAGAUGUGACAAGGCUGAAGGAUGAGCUUUCAGAGGCUGAACUCCGUCACCAGAAGAUGUACUUACAAAUGUUUCUCAAAGGCCAGCAGUCAGCAAAAUUACAAGCUGAUGAUCAAGAUGGGGAAGAUGGAAGCCAGUCUUCCUUAUCCUCUGUUGGUCCAAUGGUGGACCUUUUGAAGCAGUUAUCACGUACUGAAGAUGAACUAGAAAAGAUAAAGGGAGCUGUACCCUUCUUGCCUUCCUCACUGUCCUCCCCUGUGAUCCGAGGACUCACAGACACCUCUUCUCUUGGUGCACCAAACGCAGCACUCCUGGACGGUAAACAGGCCAUCAGCUUGUACUUCCAGGGACGUAGACAGGCCCUUUACCACCGUGAAGUUGCAUGCCGAAAUAACAACAACAACGGCAGCAGCAUCACCAAGAAUGGGGAACUGGACCCGGAAGUCACUCUUCAGUUUCUUAAGUCAGCCAUAUAUUAUUUCCUCACUGAUAAAGAUAACUCAAGGGGCCACUUGCGUGCCAUUGAGAGUAUACUAGGAUAUACCGACAGUGAAAGAUAUAACAUAGAUAAAGUAGUUAAGUGAGAAGACAAAAACUAUUCUUAUUAAUGUUUUUAUAUUAUGUAAAAUUACUUAUCAUAGUGUCUUAAUGUUAUAAAGGGUUUUAAAUUAGGCAAGUAAUUGCUGUGAUUAUCUAGUUGAUUAUACUUUUCCUUGGUAUGAAUAAUAUGCAAUUUCACACAUCUGAAUUUUUCUAGCCUGUGAUACAUGAAUGUGUUGCUGAGGCUACAGGUUGUCAGAUACUAUAGAGAGCUCUUGCUUGUAUGCACUGAAUGUAGAAUGUUUUUUGUGAUGUGGGGCCUUAGUGGUAUAGGUACUGCUACUCUUGUGAAUAGUAUCCAAAAGAAUUUUAUAGUACAAGGGUAACAUGUGUAAAUGUUGGUUUCUCUUUGCCCUGUACACGAGUUGCUGAGGCUUCAAAGGCCAUCUCAACAACCAGAAAUGCUGAUAGUUGUAUUUAAAAAAAAUUCUAAGACCAUGUGGGUUGUUUAGCUGCCUGAGGAAUUGUGUAAUUCUAAAUGUCUCGUAAUGUAUUUCAUAGUAAACUCUGUUUGCGGUGCCUCUGUUUGCAGCAGUUUGAUAAUGGCAUCAUUCUAAAGCUAUAAAGUAAUGGUCAUAAAAUUUGUAUAUAAAUAAAAAUUGGUUAAACAUGCAAUUUUUCAUAAAAAAUUCCUGUUUGGAAAUUAGUGGACUAAUUAGUGACAUGUUAUAUAACUUAAUUACCGUGUUGAAAGUUUUGUAUAUUUUUCUCAUGCAUAUCCCACAGCGCUGCAUGACCCUUGUCGGUUUAGCGCUUUAUUUGAUUAUAAUAAUAAUUCUCAUGCAUAUGAAUGUGUAAAGUUUAUCAUACUGCAUGUGUAGCAUGUGGUUCUCCUCAUAAAAUCACAUAUUGCAUAUAGUGUAUGCUCAUGUACAUGGAUAUGCAUUGUGUAGUAUAUAUAUAUGUGUGUAAAUGCACAUGCAUAUGCUGUGUGUAUAAUUACAUGGUUUUUUAUUACCACACUUGCUGUUUCCCACUAAGGUCUGGUGACUGAAGGAGACAAUGUCCAUCACACUUCCAAUAACUAUCUUCUCAUAACUGUGUGUAGUUCAGAGUCCAGUGGUCCUCUGAACUGCAGUACCUGCACUCAUCUUUCAGAGUGCAAGCACUCUAAUUUCCACCUCCAAGACAAGUUUGGUUCACUGAUUUUCCUGGAGCCCUUUGUUAAUGUAAUUUUGCUCAUACUCUGAAAGCACUUCGAAUAAAAUCUACUGUAUUAGUUUCUGUUCACUUCAGUCAACCUGCAUCCCCCCCCCCCCCACACACACACACACAGCAAAGAAAAAGUGCAUAUACACACACACACAGGACAAAAUGGUAACUAACAUCUGUCAGAGUUGUCAGGAAAUGUAAUAGUCUGGGAAUUGAUGUAGUGGAGGCAGGAUCCAUACAUAGCUUUAAAAAGAGGUAUGAUAAAGCUCCUGGAGCAGGAAGAGUACCCAAUAGUGACCAGUGAAGAGGCAGGGCCAGGAGCUAUGACUUGACCCCUGCAACCACAACUAGGUGAGUACAUGACACAACACACCACAAAUGUGUGCAUGUACACACACACACACACACACACACACACACACACACACAUACACAGGAAAUCCUGUGUCACAAACCUAGAGUUCCAUGACAGGGUGACAGCAAUAAGAUGAGAGGGGUGAGUAGAUUGCAUUUUCUUGGACUGUAAGAAGGCUUUUGAAAGUUCCACACAAAAGCUGAGGACCAGGCAGGUACAAUGGGGAAGCCACUGCAGUGAAUCAGAGAAUACCUGACGGGAAGACAUCAGCGAGUCAUGGUACAUGACGAGGUGUUGAAGUGGGUGCCUGUGUCGAGCGGGGCUCCACAGGGGUCAGUCCUAGGACCGGUGCUGUUUCUGGUAAAUGUGAAUGACAUGAUGGAAGAAAUAGACUCCGAAGUGUCCCUGUUUGCAGGUGACGUGAAGUUAAUGAGGAGAAUUCAGUCAGAGGAGGACAAGGCAGGACUAGAAGAAUCUGGACAGACUGCAGGCCUGGUCCAGCAACUGGCUUCUGGAGUUCAAACCCACCAAGUGCAAAGUCAUGAGGAUUAGGGAAGGGCAAAGAAGACCACAGAGAGAGUACAGUCUAGGAGGCCAAAGGCUACAAACCUCACUGAAGAUAAAGGAUAUUGGAGUGUGUAUAAUACCGAGCACAUCUUCUGAGGUGCACAUCAACCAAAUAACUGCUGCAUCAUAUGGGCAACUAGUGAACCUAGGAUUAGCAUUCCAGCAUCUCAGUAAGGAGUCAUUCUUGGCCCUUUACACCAUGUGUGUCAGGCCCAUAUUGGAGUAUACAGCUCUAGUUUGGAACCCACAUCUGGCCAAGCAUGUCAGGAAAGUAGAGAAAGUGCAAAGGUUUGCAGUGAGGCUAGUGGUGACCAGUGAAGAGGUGGGGCCAGGAGCUGUGACUCAACCCCCUGCAGCCACAAUUAGGUGAGUACACACAAGUGUAUACACCUGCUGGAUGCAUAAGCCUCUACCAGUCAAAAUCUCUUUCUCUCCAGCCCUUCAUGGGACAUGCUUUACACCUUCCAUCCUGUGUGUGUUUAUGAACUCUAUCAACUGAUUCUGCUUCAUGCUUUCCAAAUGCCCCAUGUCAAUAACCCCUCCAAACUGAAUUAUACUUUUCAUUCCACUAUGCAGUAUUUUUAAGCUUCUUAUUCUCUACAUAAUAUUCACACUAUUCAUUAAUCUCAAACAUGAUCUCUCCCGUAUCAAGCAUCCUCUAUACUGCAACCUGCAGAGAUCAUGCCUUAUAUACAAGUGUGUUGAUACCACUAUACUUUGAUAGUCUUUUUGUGUCCUAAUAAACUCUUCUUUCUGCAGAUACCUCAACACACUAGGUUUUUUUUUUUUCCUCACCUUGUCUUUCAUACGCUCGUCUGCCAAUAUGUCCACUUGAGUGUGUAAAUGUAUUUACUCCUUCUAGACUCCAUUCCAACUGGCUCCCCUUCCUCCCCUCUUUUUAUAAAUGCAACAUUCAAUUUAUCCAUCCUGAGAUUUGCCUUUCCUUAAUUUAUAAAUGCAACGAACAUCUCUACCCUUUUCUAAGUAUUGCUUAUUUAAAUGCUUUAGAACAAAACAUUUCUUCCACUCCUGUUUUUAUUUUUUGUUCGCCCAACUGUUUUCAUGGUUAUUAUACCAUACACUUUACCCAGUAUAAUUGGAAAACUUGUUUCUCUACUUUUUCUUUCAUGCAUAUAUUAAAUGCACCAGCUACUCCCAAGCAUGUUCCAUGCCUUUUUCCAUUAUUAUUAUAAUAAAAAAGAAGCGUUUAGCCACAAGGGCUAACACCUUUUUUCCAGAGGCUUGGUCUUGUUCCCAUCUAACCCAGCUGCUUACUCUUGUCCUACCCACUGUCUAUACACUUUAACAUUCACCUUGGACUCUUUCCUACUAACAGUGUGUUAACCACUGGUCCAGUUGUUAGCACACUGGCCUGUGAGUUUUAAGACUCGCCUGCCAAGGGUUAGAGCUCCACGUUUUGUGAAAUAUUUCAGGAAACUACAGUUUUCCACCAGUGUAGGGUGACUGAAAGGAAUACAUUCAUCACUACUGUAAUUCAGUAGUGCAGUUACAAUUCAAAUUCCUCUCCAAAUAGGAACAUCACCAUCUAUCCUUCAGAGUACAGGCAAUGUACUUCCAACCUCCAGGACUUGGGUCCAGUUAACAGAUUUCUCCGAAUUCAUUUGUUACCAUGCUCACACUCAAUAUUUCAAAUCCCAAAAAUCUAAUAUGUUCUCAAAUGUGAAGGUCUGCUGUACGUUCAGGUUCCUUACCCAUUAUCCUUUCAUUGUCCAGACCUCCAAAAUUAAUAUGUUCCCAGUGUCCACUUUAACCCUUUCAAUGGCCAGUUUGAGAUGUUUUCUCAGGUGUUUUUUAUAGCAUUAUUGGCUGUUUCUGGGUAUCAUUUGAUAUAAAGGAAGACUUACUAUUGAAAUAGAGAUGAUUUUAAUUGGUUUCAGUAACGAGAGGAGCUUGAAACUGAGCUCAUAGUCGGGAAAUGUUUGUUUUUUUGCCACUAUUCCUGAGGACAGUCUGUUUUAUAGGUCUUUAAUAGGUCUGAUUCAAUUAUUGGGAUGCCAUAAACUAUGACCAAUCAUUCCUAGUUAUAUUUUAUUUGAGAAAGACUAAAUCUUCUAUUUUUGUGUUAUUAAGAAUUCAAAAUGAUGGGAAAUGGUAAUAGUGGAUCCCUGGUUACCGAUAUUUUUUCAUUCCAGAAGUAUGUUCAGGUGCCAGUACUGACCGGAUUUGUUCCCAUAAGGAAUAUUGUGAAGUAGACGAGUCCAUUUCAGACCCCCAAACAUACACGUACAAACGCACUUACAUAAUUGGUCGUAUUGGGAGGUGAUCGUUAAGCGGGGGUCCACUGUAUAGGAGAGGCCGGGAGACGUGACUAAUGAAGAGAGGAAAUGUUUUAUUGCCAGGAAUGUCUACAUUGUUAAUUUUGGACUCUGUUUUUAAGUUUUCUUCAAGGGAAAGGGGCUCCCUGGUAUGGUGAAGAGGCCCUUGGUCUGAGGAAUUAGGCCUUUUGGUCUCCUUCCUCAGACUGAACCUAAUUAUUUCUCUUUCCCUACCCCACCCUCUCCAUACCCCCCUUUUUUCCCCUUUCCUCCCCACCCUCCUCUUGUUUCCCAUCCUGUUUGUAGCCACUGGGGUCCUCCCCUCUGGCAUUACAGUUUCUAGGUAGGGGCUGGUGUGCCGGGGUUCAUCCCACUCUGUGAGGUCCCUCAGGGGUGGUGCGGUUUGCUGUGGAAUCUAAAUUAUCGGAGGGUGCCCUGCUUCCUUCCCAGAUUUCCAGGAAGAGGGCGGGGUGCCCUUCGGGUAAUGGGUGUUUACCUGGAGUUUACCUGGAGAGAGUUUCGGGGGUCAAUGCCCCCGCGGCCCGGUCUGUGACCAGGCCUCCUGGUGGAUCAGCGCCUGAUCAACCAGGCUGUUGCUGCUGGCUGCACGCAAACCAACGUACGAGCCACAGCCCGGCUGAUCAGGAACUGACUUUAGGUGCUUGUCCAGUGCCAGCUUGAAGACUGCCAGGGGUCUGUUGGUAAUCCCCCUUAUGUGUGCUGGGAGGCAGUUGAACAGUCUCGGGCCCCUGACACUUAUUGUAUGGUCUCUUAACGUGCUAGUGACACCCCUGCUUUUCAUUGGGGGGAUGGUGCAUCGUCUGCCAAGUCUUUUGCUUUCGUAGUGAGUGAUUUUCGUGUGCAAGUUCGGUACUAGUCCCUCUAGGAUUUUCCAGGUGUAUAUAAUCAUGUAUCUCUCCCUCCUGCGUUCCAGGGAAUACAGGUUUAGAAACCUCAAGCGCUCCCAGUAAUUGAGGUGUUUUAUCUCCGUUAUGCGCGCCGUGAAAGUUCUCUGUACAUUUUCUAGGUCGGCAAUUUCACCUGCCUUGAAAGGUGCUGUUAGAGUGCAGCAAUAUUCCAGCCUAGAUAGAACAAGUGACCUGAAGAGUGUCAUCAUGGGCUUGGCCUCCCUAGUUUUGAAGGUUCUCAUUAUCCAUCCUGUCAUUUUUCUAGCAGAUGCGAUUGAUACAAUGUUAUGGUCCUUGAAGGUGAGAUCCUCCGACAUAAUCACUCCCAGGUCUUUGACGUUGGUGUUUCGCUCUAUUUUGUGGCCAGAAUUUGUUUUGUACUCUGAUGAAGAUUUAAUUUCCUCAUGUUUACCAUAUCUGAGUAAUUGAAAUUUCUCAUCGUUGAACUUCAUAUUGUUUUCUGCAGCCCACUGAAAGAUUUGGUUGAUGUCCGCCUGGAGCCUUGCAGUGUCUGCAAUGGAAGACACUGUCAUGCAGAUUCGGGUGUCAUCUGCAAAGGAAGACACGGUGCUGUGGCUGACAUCCUUGUCUAUGUCGGAUAUGAGGAUGAGGAACAAGAUGGGAGCUAGUACUGUGCCUUGUGGAACAGAGCUUUUCACCGUAGCUGCCUCGGACUUUACUCUGUUGACGACUACUCUCUGUGUUCUGUUAGUGAGGAAAUUAUAGAUCCAUCGACCGACUUUUCCUGUUAUUCCUUUAGCGCGCAUUUUGUGCGCUAUUACGCCAUGGUCACACUUGUCGAAGGCUUUUGCAAAGUCUGUAUAUAUUACAUCUGCAUUCUUUUUGUCUUCUAGUGCAUUUAGGACCUUGUCGUAGUGAUCCAGUAGUUGAGACAGACAGGAGCGACCUGUUCUAAACCCAUGUUGCCCUGGGUUGUAUCUCCGGAAGCUGCCUGUCAGUUCUGGGAGGUGGCGGCCGAAGGGGGUAUGCUUUGUGGCGGGUUUCCGACUACCCUUUCUUUUGUCUGCUGGGGUAGCUCGGUAGAUGUGAGGCUGCUAUCCUAGAGCAUUGGUUUACUGGUGUGAAGGGUAGGGUAUGGCACAGGUUCCAUGUUGCAUCUUCACUGCCCGUGGGCUUGAGGCCCCCUCAGAUGAGGGGGUGAACUACCAGCCUUUCUAUGCCUCGUAGCGACUGUCCCUCCGCUGUCCCUCUUUUUUUUUUUCCUUUUUUCUAAAAAUAACAAGAAAGGAGAUAUGGAAGAAGCACCUUUAUAAUGGAGUUUUCACCUAAUGAAACCCUUCCUCCUCCCAGACUUCUUUCUGAUCCCACACCCUGUUCUCGCCCAGCUUCAUUAUCAGUCCAUUCUCUCGACUCUUCUCGUACCCCUGUACCUUCUGCCGGUGACACUUCGUCACCUGCUUCAGGUGCUACGGUGUCACCCAUUUGUCCAUGCCACUACUUCUAGCACACCUUUCACAAUGCAUCCAGCUUUCCCAAAUACGGUGCGACACUUUUCGGAUCGCCCGCCUCCCUCGAGUCAGACCACCCGCAGUACUACUCCUAAAUGUCCACGACAACCUUCUGAUGACGGUUCAUCGAUGAUCGCUCAAAAACGACCUACACAACACUCGCUACCUUUGCGUACCGGGCUAACGAGUGUGCAAUGGACAAAAUUCUUUUCUUUACAACCAACGUCUCAAAUGGAUUAUCUGUCUGAUCAUGGAAUUGGUAAAACUCUUUUAACCCUUUCAGGGUCCGUCCCGUAGAUCUACGGCUUUACGUUCAGGGUCCAAACCGUAGAUCUACGCCAUGAGCUCAGCUCACUCUGAUAAACUGUGAGUGGUACAUUUGGGCCUAGAUAUGAGAGAAUACAUCUAUGUGGUAUGUGUGCACCACAUAAAACAGAUCCUGCAGCACACUGUGUAUAAUGAGAGAAAAAAAAUGAAAUCAUGAUUUUUCGAUUAAAACAGCAACUUUGCAGUGUUUUUUCGUAUGUUUUUUAUAGUUGUAUUUGCGAUUUCUUGGUCUCAUUUGAUAGAAUGGAAGACAUAUUACAGAAAUAGAGAUGAUCUUGAUUGGUUUUAGCAUUGGAAAUGGCUUGAAACUGAGCUCAAAGUAGCGGAAAUGUUAAAUUUUUGCCGAUAUUCAAGAGUAAACAAACGACCUCACACGUCUAAUACACACCAGCUGGUGGGUCUAAUAUACAUUCACAAAUAUGGUGAUGAUAUUUAUACAAUUAUUACAGUAUUGCAUAACAGUAAAUCUUCUAUUUUUUGGUGUGAAUAAAAAUUCAUUAUGUGAAUAAAAAUCAAAAUGGAAUUUAUUUGUAAAGCCUCAAAACAUAACUAAUGAACAGAGGAAAUGUUAGUUUAGUGCCAGGAAUGCCUACAUUGUUCAUUCUGGACCCUAUUUUGAAAUUGGAAUAUUUUGAACUUUGUGUUAAAUUGGCCAAAUUAACAAUUUCCGAUCACUUUAUUUUGUAGUUGAAACAGUUGACUUGGUGAUUUCUUGUGCUCAAUCGAUAGAAUAGAAGUAAUACUAGUGAAAUAGCUAAGAAUUUGGUUGAUUGGAAUAAUGUAAUUGGCCUAAAAUGGGAGUCAAAUUCGGCAAAAUCUCCGAUUCGUAAAUAUCGCUGACACAUCAAAAUUCGCGAGAGCAUAAUUUCGUCAAUUUUCCACCAAAUUUCGUACUUUUUGUUUUAUUACCUUCACAAAAAGAUUCUCUACGAUUUCAUAAGAAAAAAUAACAAUUUUUUUUUUUUUUAAAUUCUUGGACACUGGUGCGUGACUCCAGAUUUGGGCCUUGGACCCUGAAAGGGUUAAGGCACGUUGGCCAAAAUAUAUCUUUCCACACUCUUCGAAGCUGUACGCAUGUCGUAACUGUGCAGAAUUCAGAGCAAGCUCAUGCUCUCUCCCGCAUCACAUCCAUUGAUAACGUACCAGUCACCAUUCGUAAACAUGCUACUCUUAAUUCUUGCAGUGGUACCGUGGUCUUACUGCGUACCAUUGUACAGAGUGACUUUUUUUGUCUUGACGCAAUGAUAUUUUAGAACAAUUAGUCCUUCAAAACCUCCCUGUUCUUAAGGUAGAUACAUCCUGCCUGCUCAUGAGUGGAGGCACUUUCCUAGUAACAUUGCUUGUUUACCCUUCGACUGCCAGGAACUGCAGUCCUCUGUCUACAUUGUGGGCCAUUGUUUAGAGGUCCGUCAAGUAGUUCCCAUUCCCAAACAGUGUUGAAAUUGCAAUAAUGUUGGUAGAAUUACCGACAAUAAGUAAAGUAAAAGGACACAAGUGCAACUAAUGUGACAUUUUAUUGUGGCAACGUUUCGCUCCUGGAGAGCGAAACGUUUCCACAAUAAAAUGUCACAUUAUUUGCACUUGUCCUUUUACUUUACAGUGUUGAAAUUGCUGGCAUUUUGGGCACCCCACUAAACAUUGCAGAUCUGCGGCAAAAUGCCCGAUCUGUGGUGCACCAGAUCAUUCCAGUACAUCUUGUAGUCUCGCCCCUCGUCUCAAUUGCAAGGUACCUCGUCCUUCCUUUUCCCUGCCGUUGCCAGGUCUAUCGUAAUGAAUGAGAGAUCAGUCACCUUAAAGAGCGCAAGGGCCUUACUUACACUAUGGCAGUCUCUUAGCUCCGCCUUCAAGGAAUUUUGUCGUGUCCUGCAUGCUCAGGUAGCCCACAGACCUCCAACCUCGACAGUCCUCCUGUCUCCCAAUCCCUCUGCUUCCAUGCCUUCCAGGGUCACCCCAGUUUCUAAUGUUUUUGCAGUUUUAUCCUCUGACACUCCUGCUUCCACACCACUUUCUACUUCUACUUCAUCUUGCUCGCUUCUCGGUCUAAUAGGCCUUGCAGACCUACACUUUCUUUGCACCCAUCACCUGUACAGAAUCUGUCUUCUACCUUGGAGACUUUCUCACCCCCCUCCCCUUUCCACCCCUCACAUGAAGGUAGAGGUCCCCCCCCCCCCCUUAGUGUAGUUCCCUCUUCCCAUCUUCCAUAGUUUUACCUCCUUCCUCUCCUGUUACACUGCAGGACUUGUUACAUUCUUCCGAUCCUUUACCUGACAAAUCACUUAAUGAAAGCGUACUUCUUGUAUGCGUUGAUAUACUGUAUCAACAAGUUUUUGUUCGCUCCCUGAUGCAUUAUACUGCAGCUCAUGUUCAUUUACACCGAUGGUUUACAGUUUACUCUAUCUUUGUCCCUCCCGUGCAUUCUGUAUCUCUGAUAUCACGUUUUUUAUUUCAUCUCUACCGCCGCCCAUCACCUGUAGGGAGGGUCCCACUGCGACUCAUGGUGAUCAGUUGGAGACUCUUCUCGCCCUCAUGUUUUAAACAUGGGUGCUCCUACCCAUUCUGACUCUUGCUCUCAGUCUCUCCUGCAUUGAUCUUUCUGUGUGUUCUUUGCCCAUUGCACUUGAUUUUGCGUGGUCUGUUCUUCCAGAUUUACACGAUAGUUAUCACUCUCCCAUUCUUCUUUCUUCUUCUAUGUAUGCCCGACCGUUUCAUAGCCUUCGUUGGCAAUUUGCUCGAGCAGAUUGGGACUUGUACUCCCAUCUUACCACCUGUUGAGGACCCCCUUUCGUCCUCUGUUGAUGAACUGGCACACCACUUUUCAACCUUAGUCCUAACUGCAGUGACACAUUCUUUCCCCCCAAACUUAAGGUAGGCAUUCUCAGGCAUGCAUGCCUUGUUGGUCUCUUAUAUGCUCCCAUUCAGUGCGUUUAAAAUGUUCUGCACAGGGCCAUUAUUAAUAUAAUCAUACUGCGGAGUGUCUGUUGGAUUUCAAGCGAGCAAGGACAGUUGCUCACCGCAUUAUCCACGAUGCUAAAUGCACUUGUUGGCGAGACUACAUGUCUACCAUUAACUCUUCUUCCCCUAUGUGCGUGAUUUGGAAAAAGGUGUGGAAAUUGUGGCAGGUACACUCCGGACCCUGCUCCCGUUUUGCGAGUUGCUGGAGUUGAUGUCACGGAGCCCUUAGAAGUUGCCACAGCAAUCGGGAACUAUCUUAUCCAUAUCUCCCGAGGGCUUCACCUCUGUUCCUCAGAGAGCAGUUGCCCUUAGAUUUCUCUUCUGGUGGAUUGGAGCCAUAUAACGUACCUUUUACUCUUCUAGAACUGGAGUCCACGUUUUUCAUUUGCCAGCCAUCGGCACUGGGACCUGAUGAUAUCCACGUCGGUAUGCUUCAACAUCUCCAUUCUAUGGCUCUUCCCAUUCUUUUACGUCUUUUCAAUCUAAUUUGGAAGCAAGGGGGUUCUCCCUCAACACUGGAAAUCUGCUAUUGUACUACCGUUUGCAAACAGAGUGCCUCAGGACUUGACACCUCUCACUAUCAUCCCAUUGCCAUGACCAGUGUGGUCUGCAAGGUGAUGGAAUGAUUUGUGAAUAGACAUAUGAUGUGGUUCUUAGAGACACAGAAUAGCCUUUUCCCUCACCAAUAUGGUUUUUGCAAAGGCCGCUCUACUGUAGACCUCUUGCUUCACUUAGAUACAUAUAUUCAAAAUGCCUUUGCUAACAACCACUCCGUCCUAGCGGUCUUUUUUGAUCUAGAGAAGACAUAUGAUGCCACAUGGAGGUUUAACAUCCUAGCCCAAGCCCACUCUUUAGGCCUCUGCGGUAAUCUACCAAACUUCAUUGCUGCUUUCUUGUCCAAUAGACAUUUUCGGGACCAUAUUGGCGCCUUGCUUUUCUCGGACUUUGUACAAGCUGAGAGUUCCAUAAGGGUGUCAUCAGCAGUACUACCUACCUUGCGCUCUUCCUUCGCAUAUUUGGUCAUCACUUUGUUAAUGACUUCGCUAUAGCUUACUCAGGCACUGUCAACUAGUAGCAGCCUCCCUUCAGGUUGUAAUAGACAGAGUCUUCCAUUGGACCACUUCUCACAACUUCAAAUUUUCUAGUACAAAAACCCAGUUCAUUACCUUCACAAGACGUCCUCUUAUUCCAGAUAUACUCUCUUGUACUUACACAGUUCACAUAUUCCGGCAUUUAAUAGUCAAGUUUCUGGGCCUGCUCUUUGAUCGCCAGCUGACGUGGAGACCACACAUUUCUUCUUUAAAGACAACUUGCCAUGGUUGGCUAAAUCUCAAAGUUUUUGCACAUUGUUCAUGGGGAGCAGAUCCUCACACUCCUCCACCCUAGUCUUGUCCGAGCUGGAUUAUGAUGACCAAAUCUAUUCUGCGGCCUCUUCAGCAACUCUUAAGUUAGAUCCCAUUCAUCACCAAGGUCUCCAUCUGUGCCUUGGUACCUUUCAUUCAUCCCCUGUUGAGAGCCUCUAUGCAGAAGCGAAUAUUCCAUCCUUGUCCGAUCGCCGUGAUGCUCAUUGCCUUCGCUGUUUUGUUCGAACUCCUAACCUCCACAAUCCUUCCGUAUGUAGGAUGGUCACCGAUGUUAGUAGACAUUCUUUAUUUGUUCGUCGCCCCUGCUUACUCCACCCCUUUUCUCUCCACCUCCAUUCGCUCUUGUUUCCUCUUCAGUUACCACCUUUCUAUGUACAUGUAGUGUCUCACUUUUCCCUGCCCCCUUGGAAAGUUCUAGCUGUUUGUGUCUGUUCUUUCCCACUCCCAUGUGCAAAAGCCCAACUACCUACGGUGGCUUCCCGCUCUUUUUCUCAACCACUUCUGCUCUUGUUCUCAUGCCAUCACAGUGUACACUAAUGGUUCUAAGUCUUCUGACGGCGUUGGCUUCGCAGCAUUGUUUCCGCACAGUGUCAUGCGAGGACAUUUAUUAUCCUCGGCUAGUAUUUUUACGGCUGAAUUGAAUGCCAUUCUUGUAGCACUUACCUGUAUAGAAUCUAUGCCUGUGUCACCAUUUGUAGUCGUUUCAGACUCCCUUAGUGCUUUACAGGCUAUACGAAAAUUUGAUACACCUCACCCACUAGUUCUUCGUAUCUGACUUUGGUUUUGCCAUAUCUCUAGAAAACGCAGAUACAGCAGGGCCCCACUUAUACGGCAGGUUAGGUUCCAGGCUACUGCCGUAAAGUGGAACACCCCUUUUUUCCACUUAUAAAUGCAUAUAAAUAUUAGAUAAAAAAUUUAUACUAACAUACAUUAAGUUAGCAAUAGAACUAGGCAUUAAAAAAACAAUAAAGUAAAAUACACGUAUAGUACACUCAUUACUUAUCUUAAAAUAUUUGUAGUCUUAAUCUAUAGUGAGACAAGUAUUUAUUGUAAGAAAUCAAGUGUGAUAUGGUAGCCAGCCGGGCUACCAUACCAGGCCAACUCAUCCACACAUUCUAUAACAUUUAAGCAUCCCAGAGCGAUAAAAUGCAUAUACAGUUCACUCGUUACUUGCCUUAAAAUAUUUGUAGUCUUGAGUAAACGAGAUAAAAUGAGUAAGUGAGAGAGAGAGAGAAUGAGUACAUGAGGGAGGACAGGCACAGAGUUAUUAUUAUUAUUAUUAAUCAAAAAGAAGCGCUAAGCCACAAGGGCUAUACAGCACAGAGUUAUGUAAAGCCAGGCGAACGUAAGUUUUGUAAACAAAGUGUACACGUCUGGUUUGUGUACAAGUUACAUUGUGUACAAGUUACAUUGUGUACAAGUUACAUUGUGUACAAGUUGUCUGUACAUUGAUACGGUAGAAUAAAUAAAGAACACACUCUUUCUCAUGUAAUGCCAUUUUUAGAAGAAAUGAUGCUCUGAGUGAAGGCAAUGGAAAUAAGUCACUGUCUGACUUUUUUGGGUUAUCCUAGGUACUUUACAUACAUGUUAUGUAUGAUAAUCUAUGUAACUAUUUGUGUGUACCUGAAUAAACUUACAUACGAAAGGAAUAAUUUUCUACAGUUACCCCCAGUAACACAUUUUCUCUGAUAUUGAACUAGAUUAUUAUUAUUAUUAUCAAAAAGAAGCACUAAGCCAUAUUGAACUAGAGAAAAUGUUAUUCUUGCUGUCACUCGUACAAGUCUGGCUACCACAUCUCGUAUUUGUUUCUUUAUUCUACUGUGAGGUGUAUUUAUCAUCUUUAUAUGUUAUGUAUCAAUCCCGGCCGGGGUAUGGUUUGUUUGCAAUCGUGUCAUUACGAUUUCGUGAGUCAUGUUUAUUAUAUAAUUUUUAAAAAAAAAAAGCGUGCGUGAGCGUGUUAGAUAGGAGUGAAUGGAGACGAAUGGUACUUGGGACCUGACGAUCUGUUGGAGUGUGAGCAGGGUAAUAUUUAGUGAAGGGAUUCAGGGAAACCGGUUAUUUUCAUAUAGUCGGACUUGAGUCCUGGAAAUGGGAAGUACAAUGCCUGCACUUUAAAGGAGGGGUUUGGGAUAUUGGCAGUUUGGAGGGAUAUGUUGUGUAUCUUUAUAUGUUUAUGCUUCUAGACUGUUGUAUUCUGAGCACCUCUGCAAAAACAGUGAUAAUGUGCGAGUGUGGUGAAAGUGUUGAAUGAUGAUGAAAGUAUUUUCUUUUUGGGGAUUUUCUUUCUUUUUUGGGUCACCCUGCCUCGGUGGGAGACGGCCGACUUGUUGAAAAAAAAAAAAAAAAAAAAAAAAAAAAAUGUAUAUUAACGUAAUACUAUAUGACAUUUAAUGAGAUUCGGUGAUUAUUAUUAAUGCUAAUAUGGCGUCACUCAUACAAGGUGUCUGGCUCCCACAUCUUGUAUUUUUUUUAUUUAUUUUACUGUGGAGUGUAUUUAUCAUCUUUAUAUGUUAUGUAUCAUGUUUAUUAUAUAAUUUUGAAAAAAUAUCAGAUGGAUUAACGAAAAUAUGUAUAUUAACGUAAUGUACGACAUUUAAUGAGACUCGGUGAUGAUUAUUAUUAUUAUUAUCAUCAUAAUUAUUAAUAUGGUGUCUCAAGACAUGAGACAAUGAUUUUAAUAUGUACCUGCACGCUAGCACAUUGUGUGAGUUUAUUUAGGUACAGGUAUACAUAAGUAUAAUUGUCAGAGUAUAUAUAAAAUAUGAAAUAACUUUUAAAAACACUUGAAAUUUUGGAGUUUCCAGACAUAAUGGAGAGACUUAGUGCUUAUGGAUCUCACAGAGAAUGUAAACAAACCGGGUGGGGCUCGGUGACCAUAUUAGAAAGUCAGAUGGGGGGAGCGGUAUAGAGAGUUUUGGUCAUAAUUUGAAAUGACUGUAUUAGCAGAACGCCGUAAGUGAAACUCCAUAAAGCGGGGCCCUACUGUAUUGUUUUUUGCUGGGUCCCUGGUCAUGUUGACAUACAGGGCAAUGAACAGGCAGACACUGCUGCACUGUCAACAGUAAUGACCUCCCAGUUUCAUAUAGAGGUGUUCCAUUCACAGACUAUUUUGCUGAAAUAGCUACUCACCUCCGCACCUGUUGGCAACAGCGUUGAUCUGAUCUGCUCCAUAACAAACUUCAUUCUAUUAAACCGAGUGUAGGUUUCUGGCCGUCUUCUUGUCAUGAAUGUUGAGGAUGGGAGACUACUACUACUCCCAUCUUCACAUCAGCCACACUCGUCUUACUCAUGGUAUCUCAUGGAGAGGUGCCCUGUUCCUCUCUGUGAGAACUGUCAAGUCCCAGUAUCUGUUUGCCACAUUCUGUUGCACUGUUCACUAUCAAUGAGCACGCAGAAUUUACCCCCAAUGUUGUCUCCACUCCAUUGCCCUUUCUUUACCUUCCCUUCUUGCUGAUGGACCUUCCUCUAACCCAUAAAUGGUCCAAAUGUAUAUCGCUUUUGCCGCUAGUGCCCCAAACGUAUACUGUAUAUACGUUUUAUUUUUCCUGCCUUCAAAUUUGGCAUGAUUGGCCUGAGAUGCCUUGUCAGCAUAGAAUGGGUCCUAAAACUGUGUGCGAGGUAUUAAAAAGAUCUGGGACUACUUAGUACCUUGUGGAAGCACCAGUUCAAAUGAAUGCCAGCUAGAGCAAACAGCGCAGCAAACACCUGGGAUUCACUGAUGUCAUGUAGUAGUAACAACCAUUUUAAGAGGAAAGUGAUUUUGACCCUGGGUUUAGUGGCUUUGAGGUGGAUGUGGCCACAAGUGGUUGAGAAAAUAUAAAAAAAACCUCGAUAAUAACCCAUGUGUGCAAUAUUUAUGCAACACCCUUUCAGAAUGUCUUAUAACCUAUUCCCUAAGUAAAGAGAAACAAUGCUGGCUGGCGGCCUGGCUCUAUCCCCGUUUGUCUGUAUCUAUCUGUCUCUCUCUCUGUCAGUCUCUAUCUUUGUCUAUCUGUCUAUCUUUCUCUCUCUCACAGGUACACAUAAAUACAAGUAUACAUAGUGUAAAUUACCUAGGAUAACCCAAAAAAUCCAGACAGUGCUAUACUCUGCUUGAAGAAGUGAGUAAAUGUGAUGAUGCAGUCUUGUGGCUCUCUCUGAGACAGAGAGCUAGACGGAGAGAAACAACGACAGGGAGCUUGACAGACAAAUACACACACGUUUGUGUACCAGCAAAAACAAAGCAAGGCCCUAAUCUUUUCUUAUCAAGCCUUAUCACUGCACCCUCGCGAAUGCUCAUCAAACGUCAGCUCUUAUCAAAUGUUAUCUCAUCGUAUCAUGCCACUGUCAGGGGUGGACUUUGUUUUUCGUGCUUCAAGGGAACUUAUUAUUAUUACGUAUUAUUAUUCCUCUUCCUCCUCCUCCUUUUUUUCAUUUUCUUCUUCACUUCCAAAUAUCCAAAACAUUGCUGGGACCUAUAAAUACUUCGUAUUUAUUCCAAGACAAUAGUAAAUGACCAAGGCAGGUGCAAAUGUCCACCUGUCAGUGUGUUUGUAACAAUUUGAGUACAAUUUCAGUAUCUAAUACAAGUGUCAGAACAAAGAUUGGUUAUGAAAUGACAAGAACUACUAUAAAAAUUACAUAAAAAUUAUAUAAAAUAUGAAAAAUAGAAAAAAAAGGUAUAUCGGCAACACAUCUGCAAGCAGCAGGACUCGCUGUUGAUGUCAAGUGAGCAUCCAGUGCCAACUUCUGGGCCUCGUAUCUUGAUAAACACUUAGAAAAAUGUGCUCUUUUUGUCCAAAAAAAAAAAUUAUUUUUCAAAAUAUUCGGGGCACUGGGGUAGUGAACGUACAUAUACGUUUGGACCAUUUACGGGUUAAUCCAGACUCUCUCAUUGACUUUGACAGCAACUGAUUUACUACACAAACUCUGAUGAUGCCUCUAGGACUCUCCUCCGUCAUUUCUACCUUAAUCUCUAGCUACCCUCUACCUCUGCCCUAUUCACUGCUCUGCUGCAAUCUAUACCCUAAUAAUUAUCCCUCCCCCUCUUGCCACCCAUUUCUCUUACAUUCUUCCCUACCCUGCUCUGCUGUAUAACCCUUGUGGUUUAGCACUUUUUUUUUUAUUAUAAUCCUUUAUUUUUAAGUCGGUAUUCACUUCUUUUUUUAUAUAAAAUUGGCCAAAUUACUGACUUCUGUGCACUUUAUGGGUGGUUGAAAUAGUUGAAUGGGCAGUUUCUUUUGCUCAAUCAUUAGGGAAAUACCUAAGAUUGUCAAAAAAAGAGCAGUGGAAUUGGCUUAACCCUUGAACCCUCUCCAAUGUACUAGUAUGCACAUCUUUUCAUGCCAAAUCUGCCAAUAAUUUCGAUUUUGGAUCUUCCAUCUGUUUAUUCAUUUGAAACCCCUCAAGGAAGGUUCCUUGAUGUUGGUGAGGGGCUCUUGAUUUAGGGAAUUGGAUCUAUGCUCCAGUUCCCCAAAUUAAGCCUGAAUGCCUUCCACAUACCCCCCCAGGCGCUGUAUAAUCCUCCGGGUUUAGCGCUUCCCCCUUGAUUGUAAUAAUAAUUCAUUUGAAAAAAAAAUU